CUGGGAGUCAUUAUAACAUCAAUAAUUACCAUAAUUGAGAAUGUAGGAAUAUUAAUUGGAAUUUCUAUGUAUAGUGCAGAGGAUAUAGCUACUAUGGCUGACGAUUUGAAGGAUAAGUCUAAAGAGAGUUCCUAUGAAGUCUCGUCAAAGGAAUUAUACGAGAUUUUAAGCGAGAAUAUUAAAGAUUAUGCUGUCCAAUUUCGAUAUGGAUUUAUUGGAUUAUAUGCAGGAUGCAUUGCUGCAUGUGUCAUUAACAUAUUUGCGGCUACCAGCAAGAACAGGCUACUUACAAUUCCAUAUAUAGUGCUACGAUUCGUAGAGAUUGCAUUCAUUCUUACCUUUCACGUCAAUUACAUGCUGUACAUGAAGAAGAGCUGGAACCUCGGCAUCCUAAUUGCUGCCUGCUGCGCUGGAGGUUUCUAUCUUCUCCUUUUGCUGUACUUGUGGGGUGUUAGCAUUGCAAUGUUUCAAAUAAUUGGUAUUGUCAACAGCAAGAAGUACAAAGCGAUGAUUGCAAAGUCAAGAGAACCAAUCAUCGUGGUUAAAAAACCGAGAAAUCAGGAUGUUGCAACAAUUGCUGACAACUAUUUUGACAGACUUGAGGCAAAGAUGGUGACAAGUGACUUUUAUGGGGUUCAUAAGAGUAAUUUCAGAAGAAUAUAAAGUUGAUGUGUAGUAGUUUUGGUUCAUUUGAUUAGGAGUUGUUCGGGAAAAGGAAGGAGAUUGACCCAAAAACCAUCCUUUACCCAUGCUGUGCAUUUAUUUGAAAAAUUGAUUUUUUUCAGAUUCCUUGACCACCCUACAACUAUAAACUGCAAACAAGAUGAUAUUUAACAAAUCAAAACACAUUUCAUUUAUAUUUUUCAAUAAUAUAACAUUUUGCUUUAUUUAAUGUUGUUUUUAAUCCGUUUAUGCACACAUUAUGUUUUCAUCAUUAUUAUAUUUAUGUUUAAUAGCGAUCGAUCUUAAAUUUUUAUUUUAUUCUUUAUUAAUCUUUUUGUAUAUUCAUUUUUCAUUGAAUAAUUUUUAAAUCUUUUUUUUCUUCUUCAAAUAUAUGAAUAAUUUAUUUUUUGGUAGAGUUCUUCUUGUAGUUGAAAUUGAAAAAUUUCAUUCAGUUUUUGAUUUCGUCCAAGAAGACAAGGAUCUUGUGAUGAAUUGUUGAUUUUCUGGUCGAAAAUCUAUAGUCAUAACUGGUUCCUAUCUUCAAGGCGAACAAUCCGUAAAACUAGUGUGAAUUUAAUGAUAUUCCUAGUUGAUUUAAGAAAAUAUCUCAGAUUCACUUGUACUUUUAUGGAUUUUAUAUUUAAAAUAAAAGGAAAUUGACAAUUUCAUACCCAAAUUUACGAUUUAACAAGUGACUAAAAACCUUCAAUUUCCAUUAAUUGUAAAUAAUACAACUCGUGAUGUUUAUUUUGUAAUUUUUAUUAUCCAUUAGACUAACAUCAACAACAAAGAUUUUGUUUUUAUUUCUUCGAUAGACUUUUUUUUUAUUUCGAUAUAUUUUUAGCGUAUUUUCCUAAGGAACAAUACGCUUUUAUCUUCACUUUGGCUGGCUGGCUGGCUGGCUGGCUGGUACCGUGAGAUCUCAGCAAUGAAAGCAUAUAGAGCCUUCGGAUUUUUUGCAUUCAAUCCUUGCCAUAUUGUAGGCAAACCGAAUCCGCUUUAUGUUUCAUAACUUCUUACCAAAACUUAAUUAAAUUAACUUUUAUAUGUUUUUUGCAACGACUUAGCCGACUUUUGCAUAACAUACGAGUUUGAUAAAACAAUUUCAAAUUUCAAAAUAGCCGUUAAAAUUUUGAACGUUGCUUCAUGUAACGUAACUGGAUUUUAGUUUUUGAGUUUCUGGAUCUUCGUUUUUGGGAUUGGAUAUGACUUUAGAGUUACUGUAUCUUUGUUAUUGGUGUUGGAUAUGACAUUAGAGUUACUGGAUCUUUGUUUUUGGUGUUGGAUAUGACUAAAGAGCUACUGGAUCUUUGUUUUUGGUGUUGGAUAUGACAUUAGAGUAACUGGAUCUUUGUUAAUGGUGUUGGAUAUGAGUUUUAAGUUACUGGAUCUUAGUUUUUGGGAUUGGAAAUGAGUUUUGAGUUACUGGAUCUUAGUUUUUGGGAUUGGAUAUGACUCUAGAGUUACUGUAUCUUUGUUAUUGGUGUUGGAUAUGACAUUAGAGUUACUGGAUCUUUGUUUUUGGUGUUAGACAUGACAUUGAAGUUACGGGAUCUUUGUUGAUGGUGUUGGAUAUGAGUUUUGAGUUACUGGAUCUUAGUUAUAGGUGUUGGAUAUGACAUUAGAGUUACUGGAUCUUUGUUGAUGGUGUUGAAUAUGAGUUAAGAGUUACUGGAUCUUAGUUUUUGGGAUUGGAAAUGAGUUUUGAGUUACUGGAUCUUAGUUUUUGGGAUUGGAUAUGACUCUAGAGUUACUGUAUCUUUGUUAUUGGUGUUGGAUAUGACAUUAGAGUUACUGGAUCUUUGUUUUUGGUGUUAGACAUGACAUUGAAGUUAUGGGAUCUUUGUUGAUGGUGUUGGAUAUGAGUUUUGAGUUACUGGAUCCUAGUUUUUGGUGUUGGAUAUGACAUUAGAGUUACUAGUUCUUUAUUUUUAAUGAUGGAUGUGAAUGUAAAGCUACUGGAUCUUUGUUUUAGGGGUUGACUAUGACUGUAGAGCUACUGAAUUUAUGUUUUUGAUACGGGACAUGUUUUAAAUGCUACCAGAUCUUUAAAAUAAAAAUCUGGAACGAACUAUUAAAGAUCUGGUACGAAAAAUUAAGGCCCUCAAACGAUUUUGAGUUACAACUAAGUUUACUGAUCAGUAAGAGGAAAAUACGCUGAAGUCGCCCAGAUCCAAAGUACUGGCGAUCUUUUUACUAGUUUUUUCUUUUAUAAGGAAUUAAUUAUUUAAUAAUGUAAAUUGUGUGUGAUGAGGAAUAAAAUUUUUGAAUUAACAAAUAAAAACUUCAAUAAAUUUUAAUAAAAUCGUGUGAUGUAAAGUUCUGGAGCUAGUUGUGGCUAGAUAAACUUCAAGAACUAAGAUCAACUUCUUUUUUUAAGUUAUGAAUCCUUUAAAUUUUACAAUUACAUUCUCUAGAUCCAUAACCAGCCCCAGCAACUCUAUAUCACUUGACUUCUCUUCCAUUGGAGUAUAAUCUUGAUUUCUUUUCAUAGAGAAAAAGUAUUGCAAAUCUACAAAAAAGUUCAUCUCUUUAAAUUGAUUGAAAAUUUCUUUUAUCCACCUUCAAUGUCCAUUAUUCAAUAUGCUUACUUAAAAUGUCAACAAAAUAGACAAAUCUAUUUCAACUACUUUACGUUUCUUUAAAUUACUUCAAUCAUACUAUAAUAUUUUGUAAUAAUUUAAUAGUUGAUUGGAGAUAUGUUGAAUUAAAAGAUUUCUUUCUCUUCUUAAUAAUCGUGCCUUACUUCUUAAAGCAUUCAAUUUUUUUCUUCCUUUUCGUUUGAAAAGAAUUUUAAUUACUUUCGCAAUAUUUUUGCUGCUUUUAACUUCUUCUUGGUUGUCGAGUACUGUCAUUUAUAUUUUUCCUGCAUAAUUUAUUCAUAAGUAUGCAUUGAAUGAAUGUUAUCGUGCUGAUUAUUGCUUUUAAUUGAUAUCCUGAUAGAGUUUUCAAUGGUUUGCUGUGAACAUUAAUAAAUUGGUGAAAGUUUUCGUUAAUUUAUUGAAAAUUGAUAUUUUUUUGAAUUCUUAAGGAACCUUCCUUUGAAAACAAGGUUUAGAAUCUGUUUGUUUAUAUGUCGUGUGGUUCUUUCAGUGAUUUUAUGUUUAUUCUUGAAGAGAUUUAGUUAAAUUCAGGCUUUAUCUGAAUUUUGGAGAAUCACAACAAGCAAUUAAAUAUCAACUUAAUGAUUUAACCUACAGUUAAGUUUUAAGGGAAAUGUUAACCAAAAACUUGGUUCUUGUCAAUUUUCAAAAAACUAAUGUCUGUUGAAACUUCUAGAUGUAAAUCAGCUUACUUAAUUUUAAAAAUGUUCUCGAAAUCAUAGAAUCAGCGCAAUAACCUUCAUCCAAUAUCCCAUCUAUAAUCUGUUAAAACUUUUAAGAAUUUUUGAUGAAGUUUGUUUGAGGAAGAAGUUUGAAAAAAGGGCCUCAAAUAAAUUAAGUAUGUAUUUUUUUAUCGAGAGAGAUAAUUGAGUAUUUUGUUUUUGUCUUGAUGUGAGAGAAAAAUAACGAUAGUUUAGAUUAUAAUUUUUAUGAAGUAUGAAUCUGGUCCAUUUUUAAAUAUUUUUUUAAUAUUUUUUAUAUUUUUUUUUUCAUUGGAAUAAACUACAAUUCAAGUUAAUUAGCUUAACUUAAUUUAGUACGGUUUUUAUAUUGCACAAAAUUGCUGCGGUUGUUUUUUUGUUGGAAAAUUUGAUUAUAUUCUUAAUUAAUUGUUUUUGGGAAUAAAUGUUGUUAAGGGAAAAUCUGAAGAUGGCAAAAUAUUUGACAAAUUUUAAAUCACCAUCGCCAGAUGUUUUGAUGAUGAAAUAUGCUGUUGCUGAGCUUUCAAGUAAUAAAUCAUUUAACUUUAUUAACUUUCUGUUUUAUAGAAAAAAAUGAAAAAAUUCUGAUUUUUUUUUUCUUUUUUCAUUUUUUUAAUUUCACAAUUUUUUUCUUCUAACAUUUUCAUAUUUUUUUUAUGUUAAAUUACAUAUUUUUUGACUUGAACACAUUUAUGUCAUGAAAACGAAUGGAUUUAAAUAUAUUUGCAUCAAAUUUUUUUAUGACCAACGGGAGAUGAUGGUUGAUGAUAGCUUGAAGCUAGUAGCAUGGGAAAAAGACGAAAAGAAGAAUUACGAUGGAUGCUGUAAAAUGCUUUUUUUGGUUUGGACAAAUUUUUUUAUGCAAAAAAUAUUCAUAUCACAUUGUUUCCAUCAUCAAGUACUUAUGAAAUACAUUUUUAUUGGUAUAUGUAUGAUUUAUAAUUCAGCAUAAAAUAAGAAAUAAAUUUACACAAGAAAUAAGAGAAUUUUUUAUGAGUUUCAUCUCCUUUAAGAUAUGAAAUUUCUAAAAUUGUGCUAGAGAUUUUCAUCGUUCUUCUCUCUCUCUCUCUCUCUCUGGUUUUUAAAGAUUCUCAGCUGUGUUGUUUUGAUUUUUAUUUUUUGGUUCUUAUCAAUAACUUUAAUUUUUUGGAUUUGUUACAUUUUACAGAACACAAUUGUCAUUUUGUCUUUAAUAUUAAGCUUUUUCUUGUCUUUUUCUGUGGACUUUUUGAUGGGCUUUUAGCAAAAUCUCACGACUUAGCUGUGUUUUUCAAACUAUGCCAGAUGAACUAGUGAAGCAUAGAUUGAGCACGUUUCUGAACCCACCAAACGCAUUCACGAACUUCUUGUGCACAAAAUUCCCAAUCCCAGUUGUAUUCAAUUCAGCUGUUUUUGUGACUUGAUAUUUUAAUCAUUUUUUUAAAUUUUAUUUUCAUCAUCUAAAUUUUACAAUGUUUUUUAAUUAUAUCUUAUGGCAGUAGAUAUCGUCCAUCAACAAGUAUUUUACUCUGUGAAUCUCACACUAAAUUAAAUUAAAUUAAUUAUUCAGUGGUUUUAGGUAUAUUUCAUCUGUCCUUCCUUCAUAUAUUCUAAUUCAUUAUAAAUUAAUUAAAGGUUUAUGAUUAUCUAUCUGACAAAUGUUAUUUGAAUUGGAUUGAAUAAUGAUGUUAAUGGCUGUGAAAGUUGCUUGAAAUAUUUAAAAUGACUAGAGAAGAUGAUUUUUGAUAGCUGACAUGGAUCAGCUGACCUUGAAUUAUUUUUUUUGAUGUCUGGACACCACAAACUACUAGAUUUUCAUUCGACUGACCUGGUAACCCUAUUUAAUACUCAAAAUAAAUUCCCAUUAAGAUUGAUUGACAUCAACAGCUAUAAAUUUGCCGUCCUUUUGUAAUUCAUAUCAGCAUGCAUCACAACAUCAAAAUUCCACAAUCAUUUCAUCCUCAUAAAUAUUUCUGAUCCAACCGCAUGCAUAGAAAUUGAUGUCAUAAAGUAUUAGUUUUGAUCGUUAUGACAAGGAAACUAGCUCGAUUCGAUUGACAUGUUUAACUACCUUGGAUGUGGAAAAUUUAUGCAUGUCAUGUGAUUAAGUGUGAGGAUCAGAAGAUUAGUUGAUGAUGUAGUUGGAAAUGGAAUUGUUUUGCAGCUUAAAAUCUUAGAUUUGUGUCCAAUGAUCUAAUGUCAAACUUUUAAGUAUUGUGUCCGAAAAAGUAGAAUAUGCGAUGAUGAUGAUCAUUAAGUUCUGAUUGAUGUGUGACGGUAGUUUGAUAGUUGCUAUAAUAUUCUCAAUUUUUAAGCCAAAUAUUUCGAAGUUACUAAAUUAAUUGGUUAUUUACAUUUGCUUGAACUUAAUAGACAAGCUGUAAUAGUUAGACACUCCCAAUUAAGUGACCCAGAAAGUGCCAAUUUGGUAUAGCCUAGAGAAUUUUCUUAGGGCCAAUUUUGAUGCAAUUGAUUAUUUACAUCGGAAAGUUCCUAAAUGUCUAACUAUAUCCAUUGAAAUUCAUUUAAAAGAUUAUUUUACACGGCAAGAAAAUAAAAUGAACGACUUUAAAAUGUUAAGAUUUAGAAUAAAAAAGUAAGAAAGAGUUGAAAGUGUGAAAGAGAUUGGUUGUGUGAGCUGGGUAGAUACAUAGAAGAAGAAGAAGAUGGAAAAAAACGAACACGAGGAGGAAAAAGAAAGCUCUUUCCAUUCAUAGAAUAAGGAUUGUUUAAAAAAAUUGUGCAGUGUGCAAGUUAUCUUUCAUUUGCAGCGCGCGUGUGAGUGUAAAAUUUGUGUUUGUUUUUUGCAUUAUAAGAAAAUGUCUUUUUAUCUCGUCAACUCCUCAAAGAAUAAAAUAUAAAACAAGAAGUUUGUCUUAACAAUCACAUGAAGAAAUUUUAUUAUAAACUUUUUCUUGUGUAUUUUUUUUAUCAUAAAGCAGCAAAAGAUAUCAUUUAAUGUGAUAAGACACUCAAAGCUUGUUUCCAUAAUAUUUUCUAUUAUCUUUUCCAUUCAUCUUAAGCGUGCAAUAUAAAAAAAAAUCUUUUUUUAAAAUAGAUAGAAGGCAUUCUUACCAUUGACCCUUGGAGAAUUUUUGCAUGACUUACUAUGUAUUUUUAUAAAUCUUUAAGGUGUAGUUUGCUUUAUUUUUAAAUCAUUUUUGGAUAUUUCACAAGGAAUUUGAAUUUUGUAAGAUUAAGAACCCAUGAUUGCAUACUUCAAAGAAUUAAUCCUUAGGAACAUUCUUUACAUGCUAGGUUCUCAAUCAGGGUAUUAAACCUUAGAUGAUCUAACAUGAUGAAAUUAAUCCUUCAAAUAUCUUGAAACCUAAUCUGUGCUUGAUAAUCUGGUAGUCAGAUUAGGAGAUUUCCUUUUUAAAGACAUAAAAGUCUCCAACCCCAGUUCCUAAUGAAGCAUCAAAAUUAUUUCGUAAUUGUAAGUCAAAAAAAUUGAAUUCCAUCCUAAAAUCCAGCAAAAGUCUCAUCAAGGGUCUUAUAAUUGUUUAAAGUUUUCCAAGAAAAAUGCAGCAAAAGAGACAGUCAGAGUUUUAUUUUGAUAGAUAUAUACACGCUCAUAAUAUUUUGUUGGUCUUCAACUUUAUACCGUUCAUGAAUAUUCUUGCUUAUCGGCCAUUCGCAAAAGUUAUUAUUGUCUAUAAAGUUUUUUUUUUCAUCUUAAAUAUGAGUAUCAAUAAGUUAAGGACCUCAUAAUUCAUAUGAUUAUAAUAUUUUUUUUUUAUAUACUGAAGUGUAUUUUUCCUUUAUUCUGUCAAUAAUGUGUGUUUUUUGUGUAAUUUUGUCUCCUCUUUUCUCAUUUUUUUUUUCCUCUUGGACAUAAAGGUUAAUUGAAGCUUCUUUUGGCAAUAUUAUCAUUAUUAUUAUUACUAUAAUGUAUGUUAUUAUGUAUUAUAGAGAUAUUUGUUUUCUAUGUAGCGGAAGUUAAGGAGGGGAAAAAGUACCAUUAUUCUAUUUAGGUAUGUCUGUAUGUAUAUCUAUACUGUAGAAAGCUAUAUUCAUAAUUUUCAUUUUUUCAAUUAUUUAACAACAAUUCUUAUUUCUUUUUUUUUUAUCUCAAAAUUUAUUCAUUGUGGUUGGUAAUCUGUUUAUGCUAUUAACUUCCUCAAAAUUGUUAUGUAGACAGCUUUUUAGUCUUGAAGAGUUUUCAAAUAGCCUUCAAAAUUCUUUAUGUUCUAAUUAAUAUUAAAUUUGAGUUUUUUGGAUCGAAACAUUACUCAGAAUUUGUGUGUUUAUGUUAUUUUAGAAUACAUCAAUCUCUUGUUAAGUUUCAAUCACCAGAAGACUUUUUAACCCACGAAGAAAUUUCACUGGUUUUCCCGCAAAAUUUUAAAUGAAUUUUUGUUUGCAUUUUUUUAAAAAUUAAGUUUUAUUUAACUAGAACUCCAUCUACAUAAUAAUUUUGAGGAAGUUUAAAGAUUUCGGUCAUGGCAUACUCAAUUAUGUGAUUUAAUACUGUUUAUUGGUAUUGUUGAUUUCGCUUAAUUUGCUUCCAAAAUUCCAAUUUUAUUGAUUUUUUUCUAAUAUUUUUUACGUCGACAAUUUUUAUACUUCUCAUUUCGAUUUUCUUUGUUUAUUUUUAUGAUAAAUUUUAAUAACUAUAAUUUUUUUUAAAUUAAUAUUUUACAAAGAUAAUGAUAUGAUUAUGAAUAGGUAAAUCUUCCAACCUCUUUUGCUUGAAUCCUUAGUAGAUU